AUGGGACGACCAUCCCGGGCGAUCGGGCGCCCGAAGGCGUCCCGAGGCAGCUGCUCCACCUCGCCCCAGUCAACGUCCCCCCCCUCCUCUUCCUCCUCUUCCUCCCCAGCCCCGAGGGGCAAGUUCUCCUUGUCCUCCUCUUGGGAGGACACCCCCUCCCUCUGA